AUGCAAUUCUACAGAUCACCAACUUAUAAUUAAUCUGGGAAUACUAGUGCAUUCAUAUAGUAAAAUCAGGCAAAUCUAAACGGCUCAUUUCUACCUAUAGGAAAGGAAAAUAAAAUGAGCUUAUCAAAUAACUAAAUACUUACAGACAGAUGUAAGAGUGCCUCAGUAGGUCAGAGGAUUAAGAAGUAGCCAGAGUUUAAGAGCCCAUAUUAAUAAACAGAUAAUUCUGAGAAAUUGAAUGAUAGUUAACAGAGAGAAGGGUAUCAAUCUUCGAUGUGUGUGGGCUCAAAACUCAUCAUUGAGAAAAAAGCAUAGGACACAUAAUAAAGAGAGAAUUAUAUUAAGGAAUAAUGUUUUCAGAGAUAUGGAGGUAAGGAUCAAUUAUCAAUGAUUGACGUCUAUAUCUAAAAUCAAAAUAACUAGAAAUACUUCACUCCUGGCAUCUAAAAAUUCGAAGAGAAUCUCGUUAAUCAAUUGAAAAAACUAAAAGGACAUGAAGAACCCCAGUAGAAGGGAAAAAGUGCACUGAGAUUUGGUAAUAAAACUGGAAGAUAGAAUACAAUAUAGAAUCUAUACACUCGAAGAGAAAAAUUAGACAGUUCUUUCCACCAAUAAUUUGAUAGCUUUGACAAUUCAACUUAGGCUGAUAAAUACAUUAGCAGAAGAUAGAAUAAAUUAAUGGAUGGUGCUAGAGGAUCACUUUAGCACAUAUAUUAUAAUGGUGGAAUCCCUAAGACACUUCUGAAGAAGAAGUCGUUAUUAGUGGAUCAAAGCAAUAAUGCAAAAAACAAAAGUUUCUUAGAUUCAUCUUAUCUUAAUCAGCCUAUAAGUAAAGACAAAUUAAAUUUUGCUAAAGCUAAGUGGCUAAGAAAACAUGGAGUUGAAAUUCUUGUUGUAGAUAGUAAAGAAUCAGAAGAGGAAUCUCGGAAGCUAUUUAGAUAUAUAGAUUUUGGUAAUGACGGAGUGAUAUCUAAGCAAUAAAUUCGACUAUUUAUAAAAUUUUUGGAGGGUGAGCUAUCUCAAGACGAACUAAAAAAGAGCCCUAUAGAGUCAAAUCAUAUAGUAAAGUAAUUGAAAAAAUUGGUAUUAAAUCACAAUCAAAGCAAAAUAGAUGAAAAUACUUUCUCUUUUCUAAUGACAAAAGUUGACAAUAAAAGUCAAAAUCGAGCUUACUAUAAUAAGCUAAUCCCUCAUAAUAACUAUAUUAAUAAUAAUAAUAGUGCUGGAGAUAUUAUAAAUAACAAUCGCAAUGGAUAUUAAGAGCCUUUAUCUGAGUUAAUUAAAUAAGAUCCUCAAGUAAUACAAUAAAAAAUGUAAAGUAAUAACUUAGCUAGGGAUGCUUAACAGGCUAUAGAUUAAUUAGAACUAAAUAAGGAAAGAACAACUAAUCUGAAAGUUAAACUAGAUUAAAUCUUGACUAAAUGUAAGGAAAUGAAGACUUUGACUAUUUCAAAUAAAUCAUCUAUUCAGAAUACUUUUAGCAGUUAGCUUAAUUCCAACUUUCAAUCACUUAAUAUCCAAUAGAAAUCAGUUGCAAAUAACAGCUAAAAUCUACUUCGAGAUUAGGAGCUAGUAGACUUAAAUCGAUUGUUCAAAAAGCUUUAAACUCAGAUUGACCGUUUUGAGUAGCAUUCUAUAAGGAUGUCUUAGUUGAGUGAUUUUGAGAGGCUUUAGUAGCAGUUAGAAUAAUUUGGAGUACAGUUAAAUUAAGUUGAGAGGCAUAUAAAGUAAGAGGAGAUCAAGCUAAAGGGAGUGAAUUCUGAAGAGAUUUUAGUUGCUGAAGACCUAAAUUUUAAAUAGCUGAAGAAUCUAAACCAAACUCUUAAUAGAAGAGCAGUUAUGAAUAAAUUAGCAAAAGACUUUGAUACUAAUGCCCUAGGAAAAUAGAAACGUAGAGAUCUCAAUGACCAAAAAGAUAACUUAAAAUAUAAUUGGUAGUCUCAGGUUUAAUAGUAGGAAUUAAGCGGGUAAAAGCAGAAUUAUAUGACUAAUCAUUACCAAAAUUGA